CAGUGACGCAAGCCUUGUUUACGCUCAGCCUUUGCUCGCCACGAAAGUACGCUCCGACUCUCUCGUAUUUACGCUCUUCUCCUCCAGGGACUCAAAUAUACGGCCGUCUCGUGACUCAUAUUAACACUCGCUGCUGACUCUCAUGUGAAGGGGUAAAUCACUCAUUCGUGGCCACUUGACACGAUGAAGUUUCCUUUAGGAUUAUUCAAUGUAGUCUGGAGCACACUUUACUGGUGGUUUCGGCCCCUGAUGAAGUGGGUCCUGAGACGCACCACCAGACUGUGUGAGCUGCAACGAAUUUGCUAUGGGGAGUGGAAGGGAGCACAGAGGACUAAUGGUGUUGAAUUUUCCCUGAAUCACAGCCGUUCGCCGGAUAUCCAGAAAUGCAUGAAGUACAUGGAGAACAAGUGUAUUGAGCGCACCCUUAAGCCAGACCUCAUCUACUACGCUGUGUUCGCCAUUGUACGCAUCAAGAAGAUCAACACCAAAGUGCACAAAAAGUUCUCAGACAUUCUAUGCGAGUGCCUCACACAGAUCUGGGGAUAUCGGCAAUUGCUGGCAGAAAUCGAAGCUGUUCGUCAAGAGGCCUACAACAUAGAGAAUGCAGGGCAUGAGGCCAUGCUCAUGAGGCUAUGGGUGGCUCUCAUGCCAGGCAUGCCUUUGGAGGCAAGAAUAACAAAGCAGUGGCAGAUGAUAGGAUUCCAGGGCGAUGACCCGCGGACAGACUUCAGAGGCAUGGGCUUGCUGGGCCUGGAAAACCUCUUAUUCUUUGCUGAAGAACACAACUCUGCAGCGCGACACGUGUUAGCAAGGUCUCAGCAUCCAAGAUACGGUUACUCCUUUGCAAUUGUGGGGAUCAACAUCACACACAUGGCCUACAACCUGCUCCGUUCUGGAGAUGCAAAGAAUCACUUUUAUAAUGCGUGUAAGAGGUUUCCUGAGCCACGGGUAUUCCACCAGUUUUACAGCUACCUCUUCUUCUCAUUCGACGACCUCUGGCGUCAGGAAAAGCCUCGGGACAUGAUGGAGUUCUCACGAGUUAGAGACAAAUUCGAAGCUCAGGUGAAACAAAAACUUAAGAACCCAACCACUUUUUUCAAGUGUGAGUUUGUUUUAGAAAACAUUUGAUGUGUGAAAACCAGAUUGUGGUGCCAUAUGAUGAUUAAAGAGGUCAGUAAAAAUCACAUAUUUGUGUGAUGUUACUAAUGGAGGAUCUUUUCUAAAAAGGAAAUUCUGUUAUUAUGGUAUUUUGUUACCUUUCAUAUUCUAGAUAUUCUAGCAUAAGAGUUGACGUGAAAUAUUUCUCUAUACGAAUGAAGACGGAAGUGAUGCAGUAGUUUUUGAUCCAAUUUCUUUUUUUAAUAUAUGCUCACUAUUACAAAAUUAAAGUUUUUGUAAUAACUGAAAGUGAGAUGGAUGUAAAAGUUUUAGGGAAAAUGAGACGGGAGAAGAAUAGAUUGCAAGAAAAAAAAUUUAAUCAUAAGAUAAUUAAAACAAAUUAUGGAGGGGGAAAUUGAAAAAAAAUAUAUUUAUAUAUGCUUUAAUAUAUAUUUUGGUUGUCUGGUCCUCUCUUAUAUUUCACUGGGUAUAGAGACCUAGGGAUUUAAAGAUGAGAAAAAAGGAAGAAUAUCAACUUUAAUGACCAGUAUUUUUAAGGAUGUAAUUUGUUUUGCUUUUUAAUGCAUAGUGUCACUGCACAAAUAUUUGUGAUAUGCAUAUGAGAUUUUAAAGAGUUGUUCUGAAGCACAGAAGUUUACAUAUAUGCCAGCAUACAAGUUGAUCCAGCAUAGAAGUCGACCCCUAAAAUUUCUGUAAUGCAGGUUUAGCCCUCUAUUUGCAGGAUAAGAUGCCUCCCCAAAAUAAAGCAGCUCCACUUUUGCACCACUAUUGUAUUGGAAGAAGAAAACUACAAUUUCUCAUAAACAAUUCUAAGAUAUUUUUCUUCUAAAACAGUAGUUGCAAGUGAGUUCUAACACACCUUACUUAAUGAACGUAACGUGCCCAAUAUUUUUUGUUAAAAACAUGGGUUUCAAUAGGAAAUCAUUCAGCAUUCAAAUUAACUCCUAGUUUUAGAGUGAGAUUUUUACGUUUCGAAUGUUGACUUAUAUGCAGGCAUGUAUGGUGAAUGUAAAAACAUACACUCAUUAUAAAGGUUGUAAGUACAGAUUAUAUUUAUUAUAGUCAGAUUGGGUUAAACUUGAAUCUAGAUUAAAUCAGUUGACAGAAGUAUAUCUUACACUUAUUCCUUAGUUUCAGGACCUUCACUUGCCCAUGAUUAAGUUUUUAAUUGGACCUUUUUUGUUACAGAUUGUUACUCUUAUUGUUACUUUCCUAUUUAUUUUACUUACCCAUAGUAAUUUUUUAUUAUUAUUAUUCUAUAGUUUUCUCAUUAUAAAGAUUUAUAAAGUAAUGAAAGUAUGCAGUAUUGGGAUAACCGGGAAUGACAAGGGAGAAGCAGAAGAGUUUGUGAGUUGUUGGCCUCCAUGGUGGACAGACGAGUUUGCCUCGGCUCUCUGCCCUCUCCCCACCUACCUCCCUCAGCUAAGGUUUAAACAACUCAAUACAUACCUGUCUU